UUCUCCCUCAAUCGUUGAGGCAGCCCUAACCCUCAAGAGAGAGGCGAACUCGAACGGUUCCUCCGACGCAGAGGAGGGUGGGCAACGGCGACUCCGGAGGCGACAGCAGCUGCAGCUAGGCGAGGUGAGGCGGCUGUGAGGCUGGAGGGAGCGAGUGUUAGGUUGAAUUGAUGACGCCAUUUCCUUGUGCGAAAUGUGGUUGUCUGGAAACUUCAUCAAGCGUUUACUCAAGGACAUCCAUUACUUGGUGCUCAUCUAGGAAGCAGUGUUUGGUCCUCCUAAGUUGUCCCAAAUGUUGAAGUAUUUGGCAUGAGCUAUGAUAGAGAAGAUGAUCAUGUUCCUAAACACCUAGAAGGGUAAAGUUAAUGGCUGGAAAGGCAGUAAAAUCUGUAGCAAAUGCAGUUGGGGAGUACCAAUAUCCAUGGCGAGAGAAGUUGGUGAAGUACAAGGAUGAGCUCUCUAAGGGUGUUUGGGGUUAUUGGGAGCUUGGGGCAUGGAAGUCGCUUGGCAUUAGCGCCCGCCACCGAGCUCGUCUCCGCAAAGAAGUUCUUCUUGCUGGUGAAGAUUGGCCCUAUGACCCGGCAAGGAAAGAGAUGAGGACUAAGAGGAAAGGGCAUAAAUGUGAUAGGAUAUCAGCGGAAAAGCGGGCCAAUACUGCUGAAUUAAUGCAGAAAAUGCCUCAAAUGUUGGCAGAUUACAGGAAGAGAAGGUGGCAGAAGAAGAUGAAUGAAGAGGAGGCCAAGGCUGAAGAUUAAGCUUCCAUUCUACUGUUUCUUUCAUUACUCUUUUCUCUGUGGAGAACUAUGUUUUAGUAAUAUGCUGCACACUUUACUGAUGUUGGAUUGUGUAUCCCCCUUUCUAUUUUUGACUUAAUUUUUCUUUUUGGUGAAUAAUUAGUUGGUACAAAAAGGAUUAGUGAAGCUUUUGUGCUUUUUUGGUGGACCGCAAUCAAAAUUUUGAUUGACAUUGUGCUUUAUUA